AUGAUGGUCCCAAGAGCCUUCCUUUUCAGUUCCGUGCCUUCUGCGCCGAAAUCCUCCCUCCGCCAGCAUGGGGAGAAGAUCCCCGUCACUAAAUCCUCCCUGGAUCUUCUCAACAGCCAGGACCUCUCGGGCCUCGAACUCCCCUCCGAGACUUCUCCGCCGUCCAUGCACACCAGUCCGGUGAUUAUCCCUCCGAAGCGGGCUCCCCGGGUGACAUCCGUGCUUUCUCAGACGGCGAUUAAGGGUCCAAACACGCCGAAGAAGUCCAGAACGGUGUCUCACAGGUCGUCGUCGGCCACGUUGGCUGACCGGCCCGUGCCCAGUUCCAUUGCGUCCAUUCUGGAGGCCACUGCGAUCCCCGUGCCGCGCCGUAACUGGAGUGUCCGAGAGUCUCGCAACCGGAAGAAACUGCCGCGCGGAAACCAUGUGCAGGAUUUCAGCAAACUGUUGAUGGACGGAGUGGGCGAUAAUCUGGUGGAUAGCACUGGCAACACUACCCUCGACCUACUCUUGAGUCCUCCGGAGGAGCUGGACCGGUCUACGGUUGGCAGUGACUGUGACAGCGAGGCCCCGUCGUUCUCUGCUUGCUCCUUGUCGGUUGCGUCGACCCCGUCAUUGGACCGCGACUUCGAUUCUCCGUGUAGUCUUCCUGCCCCGUCUACGCCGUCCAGCCACCGGAGUCCGUUGGAGAGAAAGUUCCAGCGCCAAUCUCCGUGCGAGAACUGCAUCUUUGAUCACCCCUUACUCGACACAGAAACGUCGGACACGGAGGAGGAAUCCGUCGGCCAAGCCACCUUGUCCGGUUUCAGCCCGAAGACCCCGACUCCAUCUCGAACGCUCCCACGCCUUGGAUCCACCUUCAAGUCUAACUUAACGGCUUCGUUGCGAGCCAUCAAAUCGGCUGCGCAGAGUGUCUCAGCCUUUGCGACGCCUUCCGUCCAGCCGGACGAUUUUUUGACCCGCUCCCUUUUCACGAUUACACCGGAGAUGACGGACGACCGACGGCCUCCGCCGAUGAACGAACCACCCUCGCCCGCACUCCGGCGGUACCUGAACCCCAUUACGGUUUCGCCGGCGGAGAUGUACGCUUAUCAGGAAUACCCACACGAGCCGCUGGACACCCACAACUGCCCGGUCUCCGUGCAAAUGCAAACGUACCAUCGCUCGGGUAGGCGCGGCAGUCGCAGGAGCGGGUUCCACCUGGCACGCUCCGAAGGCCGAGACAAACAGCUGCUGCCGUUCGACCCCGAGAUCCCGCCGAUGUCACGCCAGCGCGAGCCUCGGGAGAACAGCGAUUUCCUGCGGAUGGUGGUGCUGGAGAUGAACAUGCGCCGUAGCGGCAAGCUGCGGGACGACAUUCCGACGCGGGCGCGGAUCUGGCUGCCUCCACGGAAAGGAAGUCAAGGGCGAUACAUGCGGUACGAAUAUUAUGAAGAUGAGGAUGAGAAUGCGGUUCCCUCCCGAUGGGUGGGGGUGUCUGUAGCGGGCGCGAUCCCUACAGUCAUAUUAGAUAGGAACGACCUUCCCAACAGGUAUCUCGGAAUUGUUCCGUUAGUGCACUCAUGA